AUGGCACACCGUUCUCAACCGGAACUGGUGCCCGCAAACGCCCCGCUGUCCAAACCAUCACAGCCCAUGGACGAGCUUGCGUUCCGCGAGGUCGAACUGAAAACCUGGUACAACCUCAAUCUCCAACUAAUGGACCAACUCUCCAACACAUCGUACAUGCUGACACUGAUCCACCUCCAUCACAAACUGCUCGAGGCAUUUGUCGAGGUCAUAAAUACCAAAAAGCUCGCCGGGUUCACAGUCAAAUCUGUUGCAGGCAGCUGUUUCAAAAACUCCAUGCUAACAGAACUUAAAGUGUCGUUGACAAACUUGCUCAACCUGCUCGAUACCACCUACGCCGAAAUCUUCAAACAUGACGUCUUCCUCAACAUCGACAACAUGAAAUCCGCAUACCUCAAACUGAUCUCGCCAGAAACCCAACAACCGUUGAAAAGCAACUACCAGCAAUUGAUGCACAUCAACUUCCUCAUCCUGGCCAACUCCAAAAGCUUUAGCGUUUUCAAGAAACUCAAUGGGGUCUACAAUAAAGAAAAAGUGUUGGAGCAAGAAAACGUUUAUCUCAAACAGAGAAUCGAAAAAUCGCAUUUGAACGUUAUCGAAUACACUUUGUUGAGCCAAGAAGACUCCAAACUGGUGAACUCUCCAGAAUUCCGGAUCUUCAACCACCAGAGACUCGUCGACCUCCAUCUGUUCAACAAAAGGAUCUUCAUUUGA